CAGACAUCGGAAGAGACUUGUGCUCCUCAAGCGUAUUCUUUGCUGACUGCUCUCUAUCCUCCCUCCCGCAUGCGCGAUGAAGGCCAACAUGUUGCUUCUCCUGCUGGCAGCUACGUGCAGCCAUUUUGCCCAGACGGACGCGCAGUCUACCAGUCUGGUCAACUGCUCUCUUAGCAUUUUUGGGGAAGCAAAAACAAAUUUAGACAUAACACAGGGCACUGAUAACACUCAAUUCUGCUUUACGGCGGCUGAUCCGAGCCUCUUUGAAUGCAUUCAAAUCUCCAGUGCAAAUAAUUUGACCCAAAAUUUGGCGGUUGGGGUUGUCACACCUGAACUUGAAAACUUGGUCAAUGCACAACUGCCUCAGGUCGUCGGCAACUUGAACUGCUUCUUGGAAAUCAACUUCUCCGCUGGCGGCCAACUGAGUAUGACCAUUUCUUUGAUGAGCUUUGGAUUCCAAACGGUCAUGGGCGUGCAUCUGACAUCGUACGAAGACCCAUUUGUUAAUGUACAGUCACUUGACAGCAUAAGUGGUUUUACCGCCAACUUCUCCAAGACUGAAGGGGAGACUACAAAAUACUUGGACCUCAGUGGCUGCAGGUUCGAAGGACAGGUCAUCUUUCCGGCUUCAGAUGUGCCAUCCUCCGAAAACUGCAUCAACCGCUUGUGCAGCGCUCAGAGUGAAUUAAGUGAAGAAGAAAUUUGUGGAGCCAAGGAGACCUGUGUCACCAACACGUGCCAGCCGUUGGAGCGUGUGUGUACGGUGACAGGGGGCCAAGUAAUCCAGUUCUUCGGCGAAGUGUCUUCCAUUCCGGACCGCUGCUUGUACAGCCUGCUUGAACCUGCCACUGGUAGCAGCUUUGUACUGCUGGCGGCUUUUAAAGAUCGCCGCAGUCAGAUCAUGACCUUCUUGGACCGUCUGGAUCUGAUCUUGCCAUCAUCAAAUGUCACGUUUUCUAUUGACACAAGCGGGACAGUUCGGUUAAAUGACGAAAUCCAAACACUUGGCACGGAAGCCACAGAGAUCGAGGGAGUGAGUCUCACCAAGAACGAGGCUGGUGUCACUUUGGAGAUUUCGAACAAAACUAUUUCAAUCUUCUUUGACGGCUCCACUGCGCACAUCAAAGUGCCUGACGGAGCGCCUCUGCAGGGCUUAUGUGGAAACCCGAGCAAUACCACAUAUUCUCCAAACGUCGUCCCGGAUAGCCGAAGCACUUUGGGAUGUGAAAUGAUACCCCGAACCGGUAACUUGUUGUUGGUCGACAGUGUGGCAGGAAUGGAACACUGUUCCCUGCUCGGGACCCAACCUUUCGCCGCUUGCCAUUCAAAAGUUCCAGUCGAACCACACAUCCGGUCGUGUAGCGCCACGCUGAGCGGUUAUCCCAUUGUGGACAAUCUCAAGUGCCAGUUCUUCGAGGCGUAUGCUCAAGUCUGCAAGCAGCAGUUCGACAUUGACCUGGGAGACUGGAGGGUUGCCGUCGAUUGCCCCUCUAGCAAUCAGGCGUACUGUCAGGACCACACUUGCAGCGCUAACGAGUUCUGUGGAGACUCCCAGUUCAAAAAAAACACCUGCCUCUGCCGAGCCAUAUUUGCCUCGGAGUACAAGUUGAAAAACACUUUGGGUGACCCGCCCGUCUGCCAAGAGGACAGAGGAUCCAUAUCCCUGAUUGGUUGCCUGCUGGAGGAGGACGGGAUCGACUACACCACGUUGCAUCUCAAAGAUGAGAACUGCAUAGGUCAAAGGGACAGUGAGACCCACUUGGUGACCUUCUCAUUUGACUCAAGCAACACAUGUGGGACAGAAACCCAGGGGAACGACAGCUUUGUGGUUUUGAAGAACAGCGUUGCAACAGGCCAAGCACCAACCAAUAACAUGAUCACGCGCAACAAAUUUGUGGAGAUAGAUUUUACGUGCGUGUACAGGCAGCCGGAAGUUAAAACCUUGACCCUGCAGGUCAGAGGCAGCAUUGCUGUGCGUCAAAUGAUAUCGCAGACCCAGAACUACACCCUCUUCAUGCAAGCCUACUCAGACAGUGGGCGCACGCAGCUGCUGGAGCCCAACGCAGAGUUAGACCUUAAUCAGCAGGUUUGGAUCGAGCUUCGCGCUGACGAGCUGGACGGGAACAUGGUCAAGAUAGUAACCGAGUCCUGCUGGGUGACAAAACAACCAAUGCCCAAUGACACUUUGAGAUACAACCUCAUCAUUGGCGGCUGUCCGAACAUCGAAGACGGCACGGUGGAGGUCGUGGGCAAUGGCUUGGGGAAGGACAACUACUUCUCAUUCCGAAUGUUCCAGUUUGUGGACAGCACAAGCUUCUACCUGCACUGCAACGUGAACUUGUGCGCAUCGCCGCAGUGUGCGCCGAAUUGCACUCAAGGCAGAAGGCGCAGAGCCUUAAAGGAAACCGCUGAAAACAUGGGCGGGAGCUUGAUCUCAAUGGAGUGGAUCGUUUAGGUGAUCCAGAGUCGGAUUGGCUCUUCAAAUUAAACAUGGUUAGAUUGCACCAAAUGGAUGACUGGAGAUUAGGGACAAAUUAUUUAGUAGAAAAGAAAAUUACGAUGACCACUUCAUACCACCAGAAAUGGAUGGAUUGUUUUAUGUAAUGACGUUCAUAAUCCUCAUCGUUUUAAUAAAAGGUUAUGGUGAUUGAAA